CACAGACCGGACCGGUCACAAUUACAAUUCCUCUUCAAGUCAUUUGGUCUGUGUUCGUCUUCAAAUAGCAAUAGCGUAGAUAGUAGCAACAAAAAGUGUACAAAAACUCGUUAUUGAGUUUUGUUCCAGAAAUUCUCUAGAGAAACUGUGUCUCAGAGAUAGGUCUAUGAAUAAUUGUCCCAAAUACACCCGCUGGCAAUACUAAUUUUUUAAGCACCUACACGAAUAAUGUCGUUCGACUCCAAAAAACUUGCAGAGGAAUGUCUAGAAACUGCCAUCAAAAGACUAAUAUUCAGUAUUGCCUCAGAACAACUUUCCCAAUAUGUUGAUGAUCUAGAAGAACCAGAUCUAACUGAAUAUGAAGAAGUACAAUAUCCACUUGAGGAAACAGAAGACAAUACAAAUAAUCACAAUGGAAACAAGCCACUGGAAAUUAUUCCAAGUGAACCAACAUAUAACUGGGAAGAUCUACUGGGCUCUGGUGUUAUAAUGAAGAAAAUAAUAAGUCCAGGAGAACCAGAUUCAAGAGGAUCACGUUCAGAAAUAUUAACUAUCAAUUUCGUGCUGAGCCUACCAAAUGGGGAUAUUAUUGAAACAAAAAAGAAUAACCAAAUAUCAUUGGGAGAAGGCGAUGUGAUCCAAGGCAUGGACGUUGCUUUAGGCUUGAUGAAUCGAGGAGAGCGUUGCUUAUUAAAGAUAGGACCCAGGCUGGCUUAUGGCUCCAAAGGCUUGCCACCAAAUAUUCCUUCUGAUGCCACUAUAAUUCUCGAUUUGGAAUUAGUUGACAUCCAGUCGGCAUUGGACUGUGAGAAAAUGAGCUUUGAAGAAAGACAAGAGGUUGGCCAGAAAAAACGAGAGAAGGGCAAUUGGUGGUACCAGAGAGAAGAAUUCACUCAGGCUAUACAGUGUUAUAGAAUUGCAUUGGACUUUUUGGAAGUUGUAGACAGUCCUAAUUCCUCUGCUACAGAUCUUGAGUUACAACUCUUGCUAGAAGACAGACUCAAGAUACUUAACAACUUGGCAGUGGCACAAAUCAAAAUGGAUCUUCAUGACCAAGCACUGGUGUCACUAAAAAUAGUGUUACAACAUCAACCAAACAAUGUCAAGGCUUUAUAUAGAAAGGCCAAAAUAUUUUUGGUUAAAAAUGAUGCCCAUAAAGCCAAAGCAUUGCUGAAAAAAGCUCAAAAGUUGGAGCCUAAUGACGGGUUGAUUAAUAAAGAGCUGAGAUAUGUGGAUAAUUUGAUUAGAAAGCAGCAGGAGUCAGAAAAGGAGUAUGCCAAGAGGAUGUUUGGAGGAAAAAUUGAACCACAGAAAAACCAGGAAACCUCCAAAAUGAAAAUGUGGUUUCAGAUUCACGUUUGGGUCACCAUUGGUGUCAUUAUUGGACUGGCUGGUAUCAUUGCCUACAGGUUGAAAUAUUCUUAGAUUUGUAUAUGUAUUUGUGUAUUUUUAUUAAAAAAGGUGUUUUGUAUUCAUUUGUUUUUUUUUCGUGACAUUUGCUUCACACAGAGAUGAAAUAAUUGAAACCUAUGGAAGGAAAUUGUAUUACGCAAACGA